AUGCAAAUCCAGUUACUUGGAAACGACGCAGACAACGAAGAAGCUAGCGCGCCGAGACAGUCUGUGAAUAAAUCCGAGAACCCAGUACUGAAACACAAGACGACAUUGAUCACAACGAAAACUUGCUCGCAACACUACUUUCUUCUUAUCUUGGUUUCUUCAGCGCCUUGUAAUUUACAGCGAAGAAAAGACAUCCGCCAAACAUGGGGUGUAGACUUUGCUUUGAAUCCUCGCUGGAAGACUGUCUUCCUUGUGGCCCAGACGCGGAACAAAAGCGUUUCAGACUUAUUACUGAAAGAGGAAAACGUUUUCGGGGACCUUGUACGAGCGCAAUACUACGAUCAUUACUGGAAUCAGACCCUUAAGAUACAAAUGGCAUUUGAGUGGGCUUUCAUGUAUUGUAAUUUUUCCUUUCUUUUAAAAUUGGACGAUGACACAUUUGUUGAUAUUAAAGGUUUAAUCUCACUACUUGCCAAGCCUGCAACUCCUCAAGGAAAGCUUUAUAUUGGAAAGUGUUUUAAGAAAGCCAAAGUGAAGAGGAAGGGAAAAUGGAACAUUUCGUUUGAAGAUUAUAAUGCAACAUUCUAUCCAGAUUACUGUUCUGGGUUUGGAAUUGUCUUAUCUUCUGAUGUUAUUAAUAAGUUUGUUGAUUUGUUUGACGUUGUCCCAAAGUUCAAAGUCGACGAUGUUUACAUCGGUAUGCUGGCCGAAAAAGCUGGUGUGAAACCUGUUUUUAAGGGUGACUUUCUAAGCAGAUUUUCUAUGCAACCACCGAGAAGUAAAAGCUGCGUCGAUCUGAAGAAGCAUAUUUUAGUAAGGCAUGGAAUUAUAGGAAAAUGUUUAUUUGAGUUGUUUCAAGCCACAUUAGGUAUUUAG